AUGUCUCUAAGGCAACGAAUUAAGAAAGAGCGUAGUUCCAAGGUCAACUCUGUCAUCAAAAGGCUAACCAAAAUAACCGAAAACAUAGCUGGUAUUGUCUCAAACCAGGGAAAAGCUCAUAAUGACCUUAAUGCUUUUGGGAAAGUUUUUAAAAGAAUAGCUGCGGCCAAUCCACCCACUUACCUUGGCAAAUUAGACCCUGCGAGCUUAGAAAAUUGGGUGAGAGAAUUUGAUAAACUUUUUGAUGCUAUUAAUUGCCCUGAGGAAUUAAAUGUCAAUAAUGCUGUUUAUUACCUUAGAGAGGAAGCCGAUUUGUGGUGGAGUCAAAGGAGAGAUGACUUGUUGAGUAAUCCUAACUUUGGGUGGGCUCAAUUAAAGGAAGCUUUGAGAGAGAAGUUUUACCCUGCCUAUUUGAGGAAACAAAAGUGUAUGGAGUUUACAAACCUUAGAAUGGGGAACAUGACAAUUAAUGAGUAUUAUAGCAAGUUCAUUGAGUUAAUGAGAUUUUCACCUGAGGUAGUGCCAACUGAGGCGCUUAAGGCCCAAAGGUUUGAGCAAGGUUUGACUUUAACCCUUCAAGGGAAAUUGGGAGGAGUGACUUUUGAGACCUUAGAUGAGCUAGGCCACCGUGAGUAUGAGUGUUACAAGAAGGUUUCAAAUGAGAAAUUGGGUAAACCCCAAGAUGAACCCAAGCUAAUUCAGCCCAGCGGAUUCAAUCCUAAGCCUGGACCCAACAACAACAGUGGAGCUGCUCCCAAGGGUCGUGUGUUCGAGAUGAACAGCCGUGAGGCUGCAACUGCUUCUGAUGUGGUAAUUGGCAAUUUCUUUAUUUGUUCUAUGUCUACUAAAGUCUUGUUUGAUUUAGGGGCGUCUCACUCUUUUAUUUCUAGAACUUUAGUAGAUAGACUCAAGUUAGAGAGUCUGGUGUCUGUUUCCUUAGAUAUUGCUAUCCCAUCAGGGGAAGUGGUAGUUGCACAAAAAUGCAUCAGAGUGUACCUCUUGUUAUUUCAAAUGUAG